CCAGCCUGCGCCCUUCAGCUUUAGUCCUGAACGAUGUGUGGGCUCCACAGAAACAAAUAUUUUCGAUAGAUUCAAACAAAUUUCGGAACAGUUUCCCAGGUGCUUUCGGUAUUCCUGUUCCGUGGACGUGAAUAUUUCCAUCUAAAACAGUUUCCUGCUUUCGGCGUCGUCGGCAAUCAAAAUUAAUGCAGAAAUCGAGAACCCGCCCGACAGUCCGCAGGGCCUUCCGUUCUUCACUAAAUGCAUCGCCAGCGAGCAGCCCCUCCGGACUGGAGAAGAAUGGUCUUAGGUUCCCUUUGGAGGACACUGGUCUGAGGCAGCUGUGGUCCAGGUACGAGGCACAGUGCACUGUUUCAAUGUCCCACCAAAGGUCUUCCCGAUCUACAGAGCCGCAGACAAUUGUCUUCCAUGGAACCUCUUGCCCUCCAGCCUUCAGGUCGUCUCCUCGUGGCUGGGGAGGGGCCAUGUUCCCAUCUGCCAGUCUCUGAAGUCACCUGUACAGACCUGCUAGGAAGUCGAUUGAUCGCUGUGCCCCCUCUGAGAAGAGCUGAUUCCGGUGACUCCGAAAGCACAAAAAUGCUUCAAGUGAAAAUAGCCACGGGAUCGCAGGAAGCAACAGGAAACCGAAACAUGCUGAAAACUUAAUAAAUAUACAGAUCUCCACGGAUAUCUGGCACAUUUGUUCAGUCCAAUAAAAUCAAAAUCGCACAAUA